AACAUUACAGUCAAAUGUUAAAUAAACUGUCGCUGUUAAACUAAAUGACAACGAAAGCCAUCAACAUUUUUCGGCAUCCCUGGUCGCAUACAGUGCUAGUGCGGGUGUUUUUGUGCAAAUAACUCAAUUUGCUAUAUAUACAGAGCCAAUAAGAAAUAGUAAGCCACUAAAGCAAGAGAAAUGGCGCAACCACAAAAACCAGACUACGAAAACAAAAAUAUCUAUGCAACGCUGCCGCGCACUCAACGUGGCCAACCCAUUGUUUUGGGUGCUGAUCCCAAGGGCAAGAACUUUUUGUAUACCAAUGGCAAUUCGGUGAUAAUUAGAAAUAUUGAGAAUCCAGCGAUUGCCGAUGUCUACACGGAACACUCGUGUGCAGUGAAUGUGGCUAAGUAUUCGCCCAGUGGCUUCUACAUUGCAUCCGGCGAUGCUUCGGGCAAGAUUCGCAUUUGGGAUACAGUUAAUAAGGAACAUUUGCUGAAGAAUGAAUACCAACCGAUUGCAGGACCUAUCAAGGACAUUAGCUGGUCAGCCGACAAUCAGCGCAUGGUUGCCGUUGGUGAGGGACGCGAGCGUUUUGGCCAUGUCUUUAUGUCCGAGACAGGCACGUCUGUGGGUGAAAUUAGUGGGCAGUCCAAACCCAUUAAUUCAGCGGACUUCAAACCAACCAGACCUUUCCGUAUUGUGACUGGCAGCGAGGAUAACACAAUUGGCAUUUUCGAAGGCCCACCUUUCAAGUUUAAGAUGACUAAGCAGGACCAUUCGCGCUUUGUGCAAGCCGUACGCUACUCUCCGGAUGGUAAAUUCUUUGCGUCGGCAGGCUUUGACGGCAAAGUAUUUUUGUACGAUGCAACCAGUUCGGAUCUCGUUGGCGAAUUCGGCUCGCCAGCGCACAAGGGUGGCGUUUAUGCGGUCGCAUGGAAACCGGAUAGCACUCAGCUUCUUACAUGCUCGGGUGAUAAGACUUGUCGUCUCUGGCAGGUUGAGUCACGUGAACUGAUCAGCGAGUUUGUCAUGGGCAAUACCGUGGACGAUCAGCAGGUGUCGUGCCUGUGGCAAGGAGAGCAUUUGAUAACCGUUUCUCUUUCGGGAAUUAUUACUUAUUUGAAUGUGGAGGAUCCAAGCAAACCAUUGCGAGUGGUCAAGGGCCACAAUAAGCCAAUUACAGUGUUGGCCUUAAGUGAUGAUCGCAGCACUAUUUAUACGGGCAGCCAUGAUGGCAUUGUGACCAACUGGAAUUCCGGUAACGGUACUAACGAUCGCAUCACCGGUACUGGUCAUGGCAAUCAGAUAAACGGCAUUGCCGCUUGGGAUGAGUUUGUCUAUACCUGUGGAAUUGACGAUAGCCUACGCCAGUUCAGUGUCGAAGGUAACAACUACACCGACUACGUAGUCAAGCUCAAUUGCCAGCCUCGCGGCUUGGCCAUCUUGCGUAGUGAAAACAUUAUUGCUGUGGCGUGCAUUAAGGAUAUUACCUUGGUGCAAGGUCAGAAGAAGAUAUUCUCGCUGCCCAUCAAAUACGAAGCCAGUUCCAUCGCUACAAAUGCGGACACUUUGGAAGUGGCUGUCGGCGGAGAUGAUCAAAAGCUGCAUAUCUAUUCACUUAAAGACGGUACAUUGGAGCUGAAGACUGAAAUAGACCAUCUAGGCGCUGUCACCGAUGUAGCAUAUUCUCCAGAUCAAAAGUAUUUGGUUGCUUGUGAUGCUCAUCGUAAGGUUGUGCUGUACUCAGUGGAGGAAUAUAAGCCGGCUCACAACAAGGAAUGGGGCUUCCAUAAUGCGCGUGUCAACACUGUGGCCUGGUCACCUAAUUCGCUUCUGGUAGCCAGUGGUUCACUUGAUACUACCAUUAUUAUUUGGUCUGUGACCAAUCCAGCCAAGCACACCAUUAUCAAGAAUGCGCAUCCUCAAUCGCAAAUUACGCGCCUUGUGUGGCUGGACAACAACACUGUGAUCUCCACUGGUCAGGAUUGUAACACCAAAGUCUGGCAUGUUGAAACUAUUUAAACUAUGCCAAUAGAAAACAGAGCAACGAAAAAGGCGCAGCCAGCGCAUAUUUUUAUACUUAAUCAGGAAGUAGGAACGAAGAAGAGAAACGGAUCCAUUUAAAAUCCCAUUUAAUUGCCGCCGAGUUCCUAUUUAGGCAUCAUCUUUGAUAUCAGCUUCAUUUCAUUUAAGUGCAUGUAUUUUUUACAUUUAGAUAUUUAUAAAAUGCACUCAUUUAGUCCUCUAAGUUUAAGGUCAAAAGUUUUUUUGCUAAUCAUAUCAUUGAUGAAGCCUUUCUGUUUGAAACACUUGAAUAUUUAAACCAACCCCACUUCAUUAUGCUUGUAUGUGUUUUAAACCAA